UCCCUGGUGACGUCACUCGUGGGGGAACUCCUUUGACCCGACGAGGAGCGCGUCUCGCGCUGAUGACGUCACGCGAAGUCGCGAGCCCAGAAGCCACGAGCGGGAAUCAUUCACAUGGAGAAGAGACCCUCGACACAGCCUGGUGCUAAAAGGCACCAAUGCGACCAGUGUUCGUACCAUACGGAUCGCACUGGACACUUGAAGAAGCACCAGAGAACACACACGGGUGAGAAGCCCUUCAAGUGCUUUGUGUGUGGGAAGGCGUUUACUCAGUCAGGAACUCUUCAGAUUCAUCAGAGAACACACACAGGUGAGAAGCCCUUCAAGUGCACUGUGUGUGGGAAGGGGUUUACACAGUCAGAAUCCCUUCACAGACACCGGAAAACACACACAGGUGAAAAGCCCUUCAAGUGCACUGUGUGUGGGGAGGCAUUUACACAAUCAGCAACUCUUCACGUUCAUCAGAGAACACACACUGGUGAAAAGCCUUUCAAGUGCACUGUGUGUGGGAAGGGUUUUACAGUGUCAGGAAACCGAAAGAAGCAUGAGAAGAUCCACAAAGAGAAGAAGGUGAAAUCGACUUCUGAAUGUCAAAGUGCUGCACUGAGCCCUUCUCUUAUAAAACAAGAGCCAGAAGACAAUCCCAGCUUUGAAACGUGGCCAGGAGUGAAGGUGGAAUGUGAAGAAGUGAAGGUGAAAUUUGAAGAUGAAGAUUCGACUGCAGGACAUGACCUCCAGGUGGAUAGAGGCAGCGUGAAGCAGGAGGAAAAUUCAGAGUCUGAGGGAGAGCGGGUCGGGGAAUGUCUGUAACUCUCUAUGUGAGCUGUACUUAAUCUCAAAGAUGUCGGAGAUCAUGGCCCUCCAUUUAGCUCUGUCUAUGAUUUCUAUGGGAUGACUCUUUGUGUUUGACCAGAGAACAACGACAAGAGGCGACCAGUACAAGGACAAUGCAAAUAUCAAAGCAUUAAUAACCCGGGUCGAGCAGUUAUAUAUCUGGGAUGCUUUGUUGCUGGCAUCACGAUGCUGAAAAAAAAAGAAAAUAUGCUUUUCCUUUUCUGGCAAUAACACUGGGUUUUAAGAUGUUCAAGCACCAAAUAGACACCCAUUAUUGCGAGGCAUCAUCAAGACUGUAAUAACCACACUUCAUGCUUGUGGUAAAACAUGUAAACAAACAUGCUUUGAUAAUAAUGUAUGCAUUGUCCUUUAAACUAAUUGGCCUAUACAAGAGAGACAAACUCUUUUAUAACAUUGUCUCAUCAGUGUUAGACUAACUGUAGAAGGUGGACAGUACAAGGACAAUGCACAUAUUAAAGCAUCAAUAGCUCGGGUUGAGCAGUUAUAUCUAGAUAGAAUGUUAAUGGAAAUCAGUCUGAACAUUUGCUAAAGUAAAUUAAAUAACCCUAUGCACGUGAUUUGUAAAAAUAAAUAUAAUCUUAUGUGUCUUGACUUUUCAAUAAACCAGUAUAUUCUCCUUUUAAGGUCACAGUGUUAUUUACAAAUGUGUUUCAGUUAUGGGAAGCCCUCAACUUAUGAACGGGUUCUGUUCCUGGACUCCAUUCGUAAGUCGAACGGUUCAUCAGUCGGAACAAUAAAAACAUAUUAUGGUUCAACAAAAAAGGGAAGCAUUAUUAAACUUAGAAAUGAGAUAUUGUACAAUUGCAUGGAAUACGUAUUUUAUAGUAAAUCAAACUUAAACUAAAGUAACAAAUUGACGUAUUCGUGGUACACUGGUGCAGCAUGACGCAUCGGUCCUCAAUACAUGGUAAAAUCUAAAAAUUAAAACGGAAAUUUGUUUAUCAGUCUUUUUAUUUGACCCUGUCAUCAAGUUUCACACAAUUCGAAGGUUUAUUCAGGCUACUAAGACUUGCUAAAAUGGUCAAUAUUGACCGUUGAUUUUGGUCCGUGGAAUCGAGGAUCCGUCCAACCAAGUCUAGGGUAUGAGUCAAAUCUGCCUUUGGAACACGGAGCCAAUCGUCAUCAGGCUGGCCGCUAUAUGUCAACAGACUGUGAAGCUUCGUGUUCAGCUGCUAAUAACAUUCAUCUUACGAUCGCUUCAACAUCAUGAGAACUGAUUUUGACGCAUAUCACAACAUUGACCGGGAUUUCGAAUCGCAGGAAAAUAAAUAAUUGUGAAAAAUGUGCUAUUUUAUGCCGUGCACCAGUGUACAGCCAAUACAUUGCUUGUCGGAAGGGAUGCAAUGAGACCCCACAAUUGCACACACACACGGGGAUAUGUGCGCACACGCACAAA